ACACGGUAGUAGCAAUAAUCGUGCGAGCGCGUGCUGCCUACGAUUCCUGUGUGAACUUUUAUCGUGAUCGCACCCUCCCCUCGUCAUCCACGAUCACCUCUAUGUUCUAAAUCCCUCCCCUUUACCCCCUCGUCAUACUGAACGCGUUACGAUGUCCAGUAGUUUGCGAUAGAUCGUGUAUCUGUCUGUGUCUAUCUGUGUCCGUGUACACGUCAACCAAAGACCCCAAACGGGAUCUAGCUUUCGACGCGUGUAUGCACGCGUAUAACUUGAAAAAUAGAAGAAGGGUGGAGAAAGAUUCGGUGGGGUGAAGGGUGGCAGGAUAAGAGGGGUAGGAGUGAAGAGAUUGCGAGAGUAUGGGGUGUGGGAGAGAGUGAUCGAGGGUGGCCGAUCCAAGUGAUUUCAUGGUGGCGCACGUAUCAAUUUGAGGGAUCGACGAGGGAUAAACGAUGGCGAUUCUCGACUUAUCUCGCUAUCGAUAUUUCCAUGUUACUUCGAUUAACUAAUUCCAUUUUAUUUCUUUAUCGUCUAUUUGAAUACGCACAAUUUAUAUAAAUAAUUUAAAAUACAAUGAUAUUAAGAAAAAACGAUAUUAUCAUGAUGAUAAUUGUUAACCAAAAGAAAAUUAAUUAUCAAUCAAAGAUCUCGAUGAUAGAUUUUCAAUCAAGAAUUUUUAUGGGAUAAAAGAUAUAGAUCUCGAUUUGCAUAUUAGAACAAAUAACAUGGACGAUCAAUUUAAUCCGAUGAAAGAAUAUAAAGAUAAGAGAUAGAUACGAAAAGAUGUUUCCUGAAUGAGGAAAGAAAAGAGGUUGAUGAGGAAGGGGAGGAGUGGGAGGGGAAGAAAACUAGGGACACCGCGAGUAGAGGAAGCGCCACAGGCGUUCCCACGAAAAUCGCCCCUCUUGAUCUCUUAGCUCGUUCCCCUCAUGUUCGUGUAAAAGUCCCUCCCUCCCUCUCUCUCUCUCUCUCUCUCUCUUUCCUUUUUUCUCCCUUCUUCUCUCUCUCUCUCUCUCUCUUUUUUCUUCCCUCCUAACUCUCGCCUUUGAUCCAUAGGGUUCCAGCAUAGCUUUCACCUUUGAGAAUCGUACAGGAGAAAAAGAGAAGAACCCAUAGCCCCCUCCCCACUCCAAAAAUAUACGAGAAUACUCCCCACCACUGGGUCUGAAACAGGGCACGCGGCUCGUGUGCCGUCCCUGGGUCCUCCCGCACACGACAUACGUCCGCCGCCACGCGACCGAUGCACACGCGUGCGGGAGCUAGCAGCAGCAGCAGCAGCAGCAGCAGCAGCAGCAGCAGCAACAGCAGCAACAGCAGUAACAGCACUAACAACGACACUAACUACAGCAGUAACCAGGAAUUGCAGCAACGCCAGCAGGAUCAGCUAUCGCGGCAAUAGUGUGUGUUCACCCACCUUCUAUAUUCUACGUGGCGACGGGGAUAAGUGCAUCCGCGAAGAAGUCCUCGCGAUAGCAAAUUCAACAUAUCCAAAUCCUGACACGCGACCUCAGGAAGCUGUGCCACGUGUGAACCCGAUCGACAAGUGCAAUCCAAAGUUGUUGUUAUAUAUAUAUUUUUUUUUAUUUAUUUAUUUUUUUUUUCUUUUUUCUUUUUUUUUUUUGUAUCAUUAUUCGGCUUCACGAGUUUCUUUCUUUUUUUUCUUUUUCUUCUUUUUUUGAUUUCUUUCAAUUUUGCCAAAAAAAAAAAAGGAAGAGAAAACAAAAGGAAAAGUGACAUCAACAAUAUUAAUCCUCGAAUAUGUCGAUCAAUGUGAAUCAAGGUAAAGUGUUCUACGAAGGAGAACUAUCGAAGAACUAAAUCGUUUUAAUGUCUACGUUUGAUUCAUUGGACCAACGAUUAUUAUUCAAGAUUAUUUAACGAGCAUACUCGCUCGCUUGAUACCGCAAUGCGACUCAUAUGACACUUCGUCCAUCUAACAAAAGCAUCGUUAUGGGAUCUAUAUUAUACAUGAGAUAACAUCUACCUAAUUUCGAAAGUAAAUCGUUCGAUCAUCCUGGAUCACAGAGACUUCGUCGUAAUAUUAAAAAAUCGACAUUACGAUUUUACGAGCACUGCCGAUAUCUUUGAAACUUCCAAUAACGAUUACUUUCUUCUUCUUCUUCCUUCCUUCCUUUCUCUCUUUCGUAAAUAACUUAAAAGGUUAAUAAAAAAAAAAAAAAAGAAAAAACUCUCGUGAGAAAAUGUGGCGAGUAGUAGUAGCACGUUCGGACGAGAACAGUACUUUGUUGUCCUCGGACAUUACUUCUGGUGCCGUAGCACCAACGCAUUUACCAUCCGGUCAUCAUUGGGGUUAUCCACCUCCGCCGCAUCAUCCUCCUUAUCAACCGCAACAUCCUGACAUGCGUCAUCAUCAUGAUAUGCGUCCACCACCACCUGACCUUCGUCAUCCUCCGCCAUCCAAUAUAAAUGAUAUCAGAACUCACGAAAUGCAAAGACCUGACCUUAGGCAUCAAGAGAUGCAAAGACAUCAAGAUGCACAAAGACAUCAAGAUAUGCAUAGAUCAGAUAUAGUUAGGCAUCAAGAAAUAAGACAUCCCGAUGUUAGGCAUCAGGAUAUGUCCGGGAUGAGAUCAGAUAUGACCGAGAUCAGAACCAAUCACGAAUAUUCUGAUCUUAAAAUUGACGAGAUGAGAUCUCAAGAUGCUAAUCAACAGCAACAACAGCAACAACAGCAACAACAACAACAACAACAACAGCAACAGCAACAACAACAACAACAGAAUCAAGCUCAUCAUCAUUCGAGGAAUCUCAAAAGAGCUAUGAGCGACUCUGAUUGCGAUGACGUCUUUUCCGAAGAAAGCGGCAAGGAACCAUGCAAUUCACCCGGAGGUGAUUCUUGUCAGCACGCAUCGCGUAAACGUAGAAGGGGGAUGAUCGAAAAGAAACGCCGUGACAGAAUAAACGCAUCCCUCGGAGAACUGAGAAGAUUGGUGCCUGCAGCGGCUAGAGACCCUCAUAGUGCAAAAUUGGAGAAGGCUGAAAUACUUCAGCUCACGGUCGAACAUUUACGUACUCUUAGAAAUAAAGGGCCCGAUGGUUACGACAGUACUAAAUUAGCUAUGGAUUAUCAUGCAGUUGGUUGGGGUGAAUGUGCCGCCGAAGUUGGUCGUUACUUAAUCACUAUGGAAGGUUUGGAUGAGAGAGAUCCAUUAAGGUUACGUCUUCUCUCUCAUUUACAAAGUUUCCAUAGGGAACAUACAACAGGACCACCACCUUCAACCGGUGUCCCUGGGCCAGGUGUACCUUCAGCAACAACACUUACAUCUACCUCAACAGUCAGCAGUUAUGAAUCUCCUAGCACGGUAUCUACUGGUAUGCCACCAGGACCUGGUACUAUGCCACCACUACUUGGUGGUGGUGCUUUAGGUUGGAGCCAAUAUCCAACACAAUAUGCACAACAACAAGGCAAACCUUACAGACCUUGGGGAGCAGAACUUGCUUAUUGAGGAUACGAUUAUUUAGGAGAAAGUAUAUAAAUAGUUCGAUAUUAAUUUAUGAAAUUUUCUUUUUUGUUUCUUCCUAUUUUUUUUUCUCUUCUCUCCUUUUUCUUUUUUUCUUUUCUUUUUUUUUUCAUCUUCGAAUAAAUCAUUCUCUUUUUUCUUAUAUAUUUCGAUCGAUUACUAAUCCAAUCGAUUGUAAUAGAAAAAAAAUUUUGUCGAUCUUGACAAUUUACAAAAGAGUCAACGAGAUAAUAAUAUCUUGUUUUUUUUAGAUUAUUGUACAUAAGUCAUAGAUGUGGUAUAUUUUGUAUAAAACGAUCUCUCGAAACGUAUCUCAGGAAUUUGAUAUGACCAAAAAAACUAUUAGGAUUAGAUACGUCCGAUAAGUGAUACGAUGAUAGUCAUAUAUAUAUAUAUAUAGUAUAUUAUAUAGUAUAUAUAGUAUAUAUAUAUAAUAUAUAUAUAUAUAGUAUAUUAUAUUAUAUAAAAGUACCUAAAAGUUAAAAAAAAAAUAAUAAUAAUGAUAAUAAUAACAACAAUAAUAAUAUUUAUUUGACAGAAUUAAAAUCUUGUAUAGUGUACAUAGUUUUAUUAAUAGAGUUUUCUUUUCACAUUUGCAAUUAAUGGAUGUUAUUAAGCCUAAUUAUUGAUAUAUAUCAUUAUUGAGAUAUAUAUAUAUAUUUCUACAAAGUGUGGGUUUUCUUUUUAUCUUUUGAAGAUUAUAUUCCAAAGAAACUUAUAUUGAAACAUUUACUAACUACGUGCCAUUGUACACCUUGCAGAUAUUUGUAUACAUGCUAAAGACAAUGAUAUUUUUGCAAUAAGAAUUUUUAAUAAAGAAAACGCAAAAGAAAAAGGUCCAAAGAGAAAAGGAUUCAACUCUUCUUUCUACCCUUUUUCUACGUCAUAUUUAACAUUAACUUAACUUAGCACUAAUUAAAUGUAAAUUUAUUUGUUUGUAACUGACGUUUACAGACUCUUAUAAUCUCUUUUCUUAUGCAAACAUUCCUAUUUGCAGCUUGCCAACCAACCAACCAAAAAAAAAAAGAAAAAGCAAAAAGAAAAAGAAAAAUAAAAAAUAAAAGAAAUCCAUACAGUACGUACACACACCUACUAUUUAUGUAUGAGCCGAAUAACAGAAGAACUCUUGACACCCUCCCUUAGGCAUUAUGCCUGAACCAGUUUUGCGUCUCGUUAGUUUCACCUUCGCACGCUAAAGAUUGUGAGAUUCGCAAAAUGGAAAAUAUAAUUGCUACCACCGAUUGCACCCCUGGUGAUUCUUCUCCCGUGAAAGCAAUUUUCGAGAAUCAGGAAUAAUAUCGGACAUGGACACGUGCCUAUUGUUCCUGUUAAGCUUUUUCUCUUUCUUACUUUCUCUCUCUCUCUCUCUCUUUCUCUUUCUCUUUUCCUGCAAAUUUAAGAAGGCUCGUUACCCUCCCACAGAUUUCUAUCCUCAAAGGAUUGCAUGCAACCACUAAGAGUAAUUGCUAAAGUGUGCACGUGUUGAACCCAUUGCCAGGAUUUCUCUCUCUCUCUCAUUUUGUAAAACGUCGUCGAAAAAGAUCUCUUAGAAAUAGUUUGAAUAAUGCAUGAGAAAUGAGGAAUAAAAAAGAGAAGUACACCCAUGAUAAACAACAUUUCCAACAAAUUUUCUCUUGGAUCGAUGUUUUAUGAUUCCGUAUAAAAGUGGUAAAAUUCGAAGAAAGAAAUAAUUUAAAACGCUGACUCGUGUAAAAGGAAAAAAGAAAAGAGGUCACGAUAAAAGACUCAGUUAAAAAAAAAAAAAAAAGAAAACAAAAGAAAACAAGAAAAAAGGUAUUCUGUCCCGGAUCGAUGUGUAAUAAUUCUAAAAAAAGAAAAAAAGAAAUCAAUCUUGAGAAAGAAAUAAUUUGACACGCUGACUCGUCGUGUAAUGUGAUUUCACGAUAAAAACAAAAAAAAGAAAAUAAAAAAAUAAAUUUCUAACAAAUUUUAUCCCAAACGGAUCGUCGUGUAUAAACGAUUUUAAAGAAAUUAAAAUUGACAAGAUAGAAAUUUUGCUAAUGGCAAAAAAAAAAUGAGAGAAAGAUAAAGGAAAAGAAAUAUUGAAAAGAAAAAAGAA